AUGACAGUUUGGGGUUAUCCUGUGUUGCUGGAUUGGGCUUUGGGAAUGACGCUCAUAACAUUGGUUACUGUUGCUCAACUGUCGACGCUUCCGAAGCUCAUUGCCUUUGUAAGCGGUUUGAUUAUCAGUGUUAGAUCUUUGGGUGAAACUAUUAGUAUUGCAGUGUAUAAUGCCGUCUUCACUACCGCUACCCUGCACAUGGGAGACAAUGUUGGUAAAGCAGCUGCUGAAGCUGGACUUCCGACAGCGUCGAUUUAA